AUGGCGACUCCGGGAGCGCUGGAGCCGGCGCCCGGCAGCGUCCCGGGCACCAAGGUGGAGCUCACCGUGUCCUGCCGGGUCGUGGAGGGGGACGGCGUCCGACCGCGGGGCAGCUGUCGGGGCGGGCGCCUCCGGCUCCUCCCAGCCCCAGAGCUCCCGCUCUGUCUCCCCAGGAACCUGCUGGACAUGGACACCUUCUCCAAGUCCGACCCAGUGGUGAUCCUCUUCGUGCAGGGAGCCGGGAGCAGCGAGUGGAAGGAGUUCGGGCGCACCGAGGUGAUCGACAACACCCUGAACCCCGACUUCGUCCGCAAGUUUGUCCUCGAUUACUACUUCGAGGAGAAGCAGAACCUCCGCUUCGACGUCUACAACGUGGACUCCAGGAGCUGCAACGUCUACAAGCAGGACUUCCUGGGGCAGGCGUUCGUGGCGCUGGGCGAGGUGAUCGGGUCCCAGCGGGGCCGCCUGGAGCGAGCCCUCACGGGUGUCCCGGGGAAGCGGUGCGGGAGCAUCCUGCUGCUGGCGGAGGAGCUGAGCAACUGCCGGGACAUCGUCACGAUGCAGCUGUGCGCCAACAAGCUGGACAAGAAGGACUUCUUCGGCAAAUCGGACCCCUUCCUCGUCUUCUACCGCAGCAACGAGGACGGCACCUUCACCAUCUGCCACAAGACGGAGGUGGUGAAGAACACGCUGAACCCGGUGUGGCAGCCCUUCACCAUCCCCGUGCGCGCCCUCUGCAACGGCGACUACGACAGGACGGUGAAGAUAGACGUGUACGACUGGGACCGGGACGGGAGCCACGACUUCAUCGGCGAGUUCGCCACCAGCUACCGGGAGCUCUCGCGAGCCCAGAGCCAGUUCACGGUGUACGAGGUGCUCAACCCCCGGAAAAAAUGCAAGAAGAAGAAAUACGUCAACUCGGGCACCGUCACGCUGCUCUCCUUCUCCGUGGAGUCCGAGUUCACCUUCGUUGACUACAUCCGGGGCGGGACGCAGCUGAACUUCACCGUCGCCAUCGACUUCACGGCCUCCAACGGGCUGCCGUCGCAGCCCACCUCGCUGCACUACGCGAGCCCCUACCAGCUGAGCGCCUACGCCCUGGCGCUGAAGGCCGUCGGCGAGAUCAUCCAGGACUACGACAGCGACAAGCUCUUCCCCGCCUACGGCUUCGGUGCCAAGCUCCCGCCCGACGGCAAGAUCUCCCACCAGUUCCCCCUGAACAACAACACGGAGAACCCCAGCUGCGCUGGCAUCGAUGGUGUCCUCGAGUCCUACCUGCAGAGCCUGCGCACCGUGCAGCUCUACGGGCCCACCAACUUUGCGCCCGUCAUCAACCAGGUGGCCAGCGCGGCCGCCCACGUCACCGACGGCUCCCAGUACCACGUCCUCCUCAUCAUCACCGACGGCGUCAUCUCCGACAUGCUGCAGACCAAGGAGGCCAUCGUCAGCGCUUCUGCCCUGCCGAUGUCCAUCAUCAUCGUGGGAGUGGGGCCGGCUGAGUUUGACGCCAUGGAGGAGCUGGACGGCGAUGAGGUGCGGGUCUCCUCCCGGGGCCGAUACGCCGAGAGGGACAUCGUGCAGUUUGUGCCGUUUCGAGACUAUGUGGACGACUCGGGGAACCAGGUGCUGAGCAUGGCCCGCCUGGCCAAGGACGUGCUGGCCGAGAUCCCCGAGCAGCUGCUGUCCUACAUGAAGACGCGGGACAUCAAGCCCCGCCGGGCUGGCCCACAGUAGCGCCUCCCGGGCAGCCCGCGAGCCCCACGGCUGGCACAAGCAACCUGGCCGCCCCCGAGCAGCGCUGGCUUCGCCGCCUGCCUGCAGGGCACUCCGCCGGCGCGGCGCUGCGCGGCGAGGACACGCGUGGCCCUUCCUCUCGCCCGGGACACGCAUCGCCCCCGCCAGGCGCUGAGCCUGGGGCUGCUGGGGCUGCCCUUCCUCGGACACCGGGCUGGCGACCAGCACGUCACCCCCCCGCCACUCUGCCGGGGGCGCGGGGCCCGGCCCUGGCGUGGGGGCUCUGCUCUGUCGCUCCCCUCUGCUGUCGGUGUCCCCCCGUCCCCCCACCCCCCAUCCCUGCGGCCGACGCGCAGCCCGCGGGAGCUGCGGCCUGCCGCGGUUAGGCAGAGGAACGACUCGGGCGCGGGUCCUGCGAGCCAGCCCUGCCAUCGCAGCUGGGGGGCUGUCGCGGAAAAGCCCCCUCCUUUUCCAGCAGCCCAGGCAGAGCCAAGACUGCAGCUGAGGCGCCUCGACGUGGGCCGGGGCUCCGGCCCCGCUGCCCCGCUCUCACCCCCGGGUCUCCCCGGCAGGGAGCAGCGCUGGCACUGAUGGCUCAGCCCCCCCAACAGCGCACGAGGGCUGCCCCGGGGUGAAGCCUCCCUACGGGGGGGCGGUUUGCCCCGGCCCCGGGGGGCUCCCGCCGCUCCCACCUGCGCCCCCAAAGCUCAGCUGAGUGCCUCCUCCUGCUCCGGAGCCCCCCGAGCCGGCCCGGGCGGCCGGGGGGGCUGCGCUGCCACCAUCGACCCCUGUAAAUAAACUGCU